AUGGUCAGCAGGGCUGCUGCUUUAGGAGUCACUGCGGCGUUUGCCGCGGCUGGCUUUUUUGGAAACCUCCACAUCGUCCUUUGCUUGAUUUUGUCCAGAAGCAGAGAGGGCCGGGAGGGGGUGACUCGCGCCAUUAACCUGGCGGUCGGCGCGGUCUCCGCUCUGCACGCCUGCACCUGCGUCGCCGCGCUCUUCUUCUUCUUCUGCAUGACGGCCCCGUGCAGAAACCCCGCGGCAUUCGCAGCCAGCACCUACAUGGUCUUUUCCUUCGUCCUCUCCUCCAUCUGCGUAAUGUCGCUGCUGUUCCUGCUGUACCGGGCGGGGAUAGUGCCGGUGAGGAGCGCUCUGCUGGCUCGCGCCAGGCAGAGGUUCCUCGGCGCGACGCCGUGGCUGGUCGCCGGGUGCCUGCUGCUCUGCUUCUCAAUGUCAGCCCCCUACAUCAAGUACAACCACUGCAGCGGCAACAGCACCGCGGACGCCCCCGGCCGCCACCUCUUCUACAACCCCAGCGGAAGCUACUUUGUCAUCUACAUGGCCUUUUGGAUGGGCCUGCUGGUGGCGGCGCCCUUCACGGUCAUGGUGUUCUCCAGCGUCAGCGUCCUGCUGCACCUGCGGAGGCACAUGCAGAGGCUGCGAGGGGAUUCCUGCGGGAUCGCCAGCCCCCGCCUGGACCGGGAGCAGAGGGCGGCGCGGCUGCUGUUCCACCAGCUGCUGCUCUACUCCCUGCUCAUCAUGCUGUGUGCCAUCUCCAUGCUGCUGGAGGUGGCCGACGUCACCUCCCAGCUGCAGGACUGGUACGGAGCGAUCCCCUGCCUCUACUGCGCGAACACCUCCGCCAACCUCAUCCUCAGAAACGGCCGGCUGAGAACGAUGACCGCCUUGCUGCUCCGCAAGUUACACAAGGGCUAG